CGGCAACACGCAUAGAGCAUCCAACAAUUGAAUUCAGGUCAUUGACUCGCCAAUUGCCCUCCGGAGUACACCAAUUCCCUCCCUGUUUCUUCCCCCUUCCUCUACGACUCCUUGCCUGGCGACCAGGUUCCCUUCGCAUCAUGCGAUUGUGAUCGCCCAACUUUGCCGAAUCAUGCAACAAUCCUCCUAACUGCGACCAACUGAUCGAUCAUUCGAACCCUCACAGCUCGGACCUCAGUCGCCCCAAUAAUUUGUUCCUUGCCUGUGAUGGCGACAAGUGGUGCAGGCUCUAUGCCGUACUCCUCCCUUCGGCCACUUCCGGUGGGCAGCCGGAAGCCCAAGAACCUUGGCGACUUCAUCGCCCGCAUCCAGGCCGACCGCGGUUUCCGCAAUGUUACCGAGGCCAGCCUCCGGGAAGAGAUUCAGGCCAAGGAAGAUGGCCAGGCUGGAAACAGCGACCAGGAGGACGUACACAUGUCCGGAACUAGUGAAGAGACCGACGAGUCUGAGGAGCCCAGGGAUAUUCACGCCGUCAAGGCCGAGAUUCUUCGCAACAUCGAUGCUGCCCACAACACGGCCAUGUUCUCACUCGACUUCGUCUCUCUCCUUCUCACCAAACAUAACCCCAAUCAGGCCGGAGCUACCCUCUCCCAAGCCCUUCGCGAGUUCGCCGGAAUUGGUACCCUGGGCGCCUCUAAAUUCAAAGAUUCCGAACAUGAAGCAGACGAGAAAGGGAGAGACGAAAAACGGAAAGAAGCUCGAGAUGUGUCCUUAGGCUGGACGCUCAUCGAUAUUGACCGGACAAGGGAGGCCGCAGAGAAAACAAGCUCGAUGCUCUCUAGGGAAAUCGAACUGGAGGCUGCCUACUGGAAGGAAGUGCUUGCUGUGAAGCAGAAUGGCUGGUCUCUAUGUCGGCUGCCCGCGGAACGCCAUACUCUCGGUGUCCGGUUUGGCUUUACUGAAGCCUCCCCGGAGUUCCGAAAUAAUAGCCUUGCCCCCUUGAGGCGUGGCGACGAUGGCUCUGCUGUGCUGGACCAUAGCCGAGCCGGCGCAGGGUCGCAGCGACUGUCUGUCGCCAUGGACCGGCAAGGCGAACACAGUGGCCGAUCCCUCCCGCACACAUCUGUAUCCGACACCGGACCUCUUCAGACCCGUGUCCUUGAGGCGCGAAAUGCCAUCUUUUCCCAGGAACUAUGGCACGAACUCCAUCGAGAAGCCCACUCCCUAGCCUCCUACGGCGUAAAGGCGAGCGACUCUUCCAUAACGUACGAGCCCAAAUUCGGGCCCAAAGUGACCCUGGCCCUCGACACUCUAGACACCAUUGCCCCAGCCAGAGGCGACCUCCGCGACAACCAAUUAGCUGAGCUGACGCAGCUGAGCCUCCAUCUCUUUCUCAGUCAUGCCCACCGCCAGAACGAAGUGCAACGACUACGACCGAGCCCGCCACAUAUCCGUCGACUUCAGCAGUUCCAUCAGUAUCAUCUCCUGCGCCCUAUAAUAUUCCACACCGUCCACGAUAGUUCGAUCAGAGAGUGCACGCGUUUCGCGGGCGAUCUCACCGGACUCCUCCGUCUCCUCGGCAUGCAAGAAGCCUCCUUCACCAUUCACAGUCCUCGGCUACCGACCGCCGACCUCGUUCCUCCGUCCUCCUCCUCAUCCAACCGGCCCACCGCUGCGCAGGCACUCAUCAACCUCCUCAUCUCCCCGGCUCGCUUCCGAGUCGACCUCACCCUGUCUUCUACAUGCCGGGUCCAGAUCCGCGGCCGUACUUGGUUCCUCCCCAUGACCACGACCCAAUACGAAAUCCAUCUCCUCCCGCCUUUAGGUAGCCAGGACGAGAGCUUCAACCCUUUGCAAUCCACUUUCUCGCCCAGCGGCGAUCGCGAUGCCUAUCCGGAUCUCGACUCGGUCAAGUCCUUCCUCUUUUCGGCCGUCCCUCGGCUCCUCGCCGCCGAAUUUCUCGCCUAUGCCUUGUCCUUACCCUUGUCUCCACCUCCGGUGCCAUCGCAGCAGCAGCAACAACAGCAGCAGCAACAACAACAACAACAACAACAACAACAACAACAACAACAGCCGCCACCGCCACAGGACGAACAGGACCUCUCCGCGCCAUCGUGGGUCGCCUCCGUCCGGGGCAACGCGAUUCAGGACAGCAACGAUUCGGCCAAGAUCUGUUUUGAACUCAUUGAGAAGGACGGUCGUGCCGACCACGUUGUCGUUGCCGCGACGUGGCACGUUGGCAACGAACUCCGGCGCGAGACGUGGCGUUUCGGUGGCGCCGAGAAAGAGGCCCCCGUUGACGUGAAGGACAUUGUGCGGGCUGUUGUCACGGCUUCGGAAUGUCCCUAGAUGGGUGGUUCUGUCUCUCUGGCAUUGGAGUCCGUGGAGCGGGAGAGGUUAGCCGGAUAUUUUCUAUCAGACGUGAUGGACGCCUUUGUGGAAGCAUUUCUGCGAGAGAACCGUCUCAAGUAUAAAGCCUUUCCCUUGAUGAUGACUGACGACAAAGACGACACCCAAGGCUG